AUGUCUGAUCUAGGAAUCCAAGGAAUCAUGGCACCAGCCUAUCAGUCCCUCUUCGCACCCGGCCAGGAAGUCCCUCGUCUCAUGAAUGUUACGUACCGCUGGUGGGAAGACGAGGCCACGACCGUGCUGUGGGCCUUUAACAUCCCGGAAAUUUGUACAUUGAUCCGUUACGCCCUUUUUCGAGAUGAAGAGUUACCGCGCCAGGCGCUUCUGAGCCGUAAUGCGGAAACCAUCGAUGCAUUCCUGGUCUCUUUGGCUGAACCGUGGGAGCACCGGUAUCUCUCUAACUUGUCGCAUUUGCAGAGGGUGGAGGAGGUUUUGCGCCGGCUGAGAAUACCGCCGUUGCGCCAGGUUCAUUGGAGCUGGUUCCCGCCGAGGCAUUUGGUUGAACCGCGCAAUAUUGCAUGUGCGAUCGAGUUGGAAAGUCAUUGCCAGUUUAUGAGGAUGCAUUUUGAGGAUAUCGUUCGCGCUGCGCUCGGAUAUUCUGCUCCCUCGGUUGAUUGGUUUCUGCAACAACAUACUGCUCUUUAUAUUCAUCUCCUCGACCAUUUGACUAUAUACCCAGAGCAAAUCCCGACUUACAUAGAAGCGGAGAAGUACUUGAGAGGUGGAAGUCCCUUUGCUUAUCGUGCCAUUGUGCAAUGUUUGCACACCCUUCUACCAGACGCAGCACUCAAUCUUCGCCUACCGACUAAGCCCGGCUUGGAAUUCAUUAUCACACCGAUCCAGAAGCUUUUCCUAGAGAAUCCUCCUAAACUCACAGCCCUCCUCAAGAAAAUGUGCGUUUUGGACGUUCGCUUCAAACAACACUACAGUCAAAAAUCGCAAAUGGAUUGGCUUACCCCAUUCGACCCUACGGCUUUAUUCAUGGAUGACUGGCUAGCAUCAACCUCUCCAAAAGACCUGUCACGCACAUUGGUCAAAACCGACGAAUUCAAAUUUAAAAAACUCUCACGACAAAACAUCAUCAACUGCGACGCGAUGGUAAAACAAUUACUUGAAAAUUGGCACAUCAUGAGCAUGUCGGUCUGGGAGGCCUGCUGCGGAGUAAUCGGAAUGGUUGAGUCUUUACAAGAAUGUGCAGAGCCGUAUCAGAUCCUUUUCACAAAACGUGACUAUUACUCUUUGACUGCAAUUCUCGAGGGUAUCCACAGGUACUCUGCGGGGACCGCUCGACCUCGGGGUCUGAAUGGUGUACAUAGUGGCACAGUUGUUCUGGACAACUGCGUACUAGAAGCUAUCCACCUCAUCAAUCCGACUCACAACUACGCCGCUUAUCGUCAGCAUUUCGCCGAGAAUCCUGGGACCCCGUUCCUAUUCCCUCAUUUCCGCGACUAUCAGCAACAUGGCGAAAUGGCCAUUCAGCCGCUUCUUGAUUAUCUACAGAGUACGAGCUCGAAAGUACCGUGA